CAACUGUGGGCCCAACCAACUUAGCAAAUUAUGCAACUAUCACUACCAAUGCAACCAUUAAUAUUGUAUUAACUACAACUAUAACAGUAACAAGUCUUGCUAUCUUAGAUACUAUUGCACUAUCAAU